GCUUCCUAAUAUUGUUCCAGCACCUGCUAUCACUUUCUCUUUCCUUGGUGCUUCGUUUCGUUGGCUGGAUCCGCGGCAAUGGCGUCGUCGUCGGGCCCCGACCGCCUCUUCAGCCUCCGCAAUAGCUUCUAUUUGGGGGCGUACCAGGACGCCAUCAACAAAAGCGACAUCCCCAACCUCUCCCCCGACGACGCCGUCGAGCGCGACUCCCUCGUCUACCGCUCCUACAUCGCCCUCGGCUCCUACCAGCUUGUGAUCAGCGAGAUUGAUUCCUCGGCACCCACUGCCCUCCAGGCUGUCAAGUUGCUCGCCCUCUACCUCGCCGGAGACAAGGAAUCUGCUAUUGUGAGUCUCCAAGAGUGGCUGCAUGAUGCAGCAAUUGGAAACAACCCUGUUCUUCGACUGAUUGCUGGGAUCAUUUACAUGCAUGAACAAAACUAUAAUGAGGUUCUUAAGCACACAAACUCUGGAGGAACUCUAGAAUUGCAUGCAUUGAAUGUUCAGAUAUACCUUAAGAUGCACAGGUCGGACUAUGCAGAGAAACAACUGAAGAUCAUGCUACAAAUUGAUGAAGACCAUACACUGACACAACUUGCGAAUGCAUGGGUAAACUUGGCGGUGGGUGGUUCAAAGAUACAGGAGGCAUAUCUUAUUUUCCAAGAUUUCUCUGAGAAGAACCAGGUGACUCCUUUGGUUCUGAAUGGUAAGGCUGUCUGUCGUAUGCACAUGGGUCGCUUUGAUGAAGCUGAAAUCCUGUUACUUGAAGCACUUAACAGGGAUUCCAAAGAUGCAGAAUCACUGGCCAACAUAGUUGUAUGCAGUCUUCACCUAAAAAAACCUGCAGGUCGAUACCUCAGCCAGUUGAAGCUAUCACAUCCUGAUCAUUUGCUUGUUCAUCGUGCCUCUUCUGCUGAAGUUAUCUUCGAGAGAGCUGUUCAAGCCAUUGCAUGAGCCCUUGAUAUUGCAGUGUCCAACUGGUGGAGCGUAAUUUCAUCUCUGUUCUUUUUGAUUAUACUAUAUCAUAGUUUAAUGUUCAGCAAUUGCUUUUUUGGUGGUCCUCAUGUGGGGAUUAUAUUUUCUCAUUGAAUUUGACCAAAAGAUUGUUUUUGGUCACUAUAUUUUGGUCUUCUUUUUUAAAGCCAAACCCUGUUAGUCAUCGAAACUGUCCUGUUAGAUGAUAUGGAUAUUAUAAUGUUCCAAUGGUUACACAGAACAUGAAGAAAA